UUAUAAUUCUAGAUACUCAAGGAGGAAUGUCUCGGAACAAUGGACCUGGUCUUUACGAGUUUCUUAUGGAAGCUGAGUUACAACAGUAUUAUCCCGGUAUUCGAGGAGACUUGAAGGUGCAAACAACAGCACAAUUGAAAUAUGUAACAGAAGAAGAUUUAAAUGCGAUUGGGAUGAGCAAGCCGGAAAUGCGCCGUCUAAAAAAAUAUUUUCAGAAGCACUUUCCUCAAAACUAUCUAUCUAAAUUUAAGAAAAUGCUGCUACCGAAACGUGAGGAACAGUCUCCUGGUGUAUUGGGUAUGUUACCAGAAGAGAGACAAGACAAACCAUCAGUACGUGUUCCCAAUAAACACAUGAUUCCGGCUGAGGCAAUUAUUGUGAAUAAAGAACUCGGUACCGGUGAGUUUGGUGUCGUACAGCAAGGAAUAUGGACAAAUGAUGGAGAAAGAAUUCAGGUUGCAAUUAAAUGUUUGUCACGUGAGAGGAUGCAGAAUAAUCCCAUAGAAUUUUUGAAGGAGGCUGCGAUAAUGCACUCAAUUGAUCACGAGCAUAUCGUGAGGCUGUAUGGCGUCGUACUUGAUACAAACUCACUAAUGCUCGUUACGGAAUUAGCUCCAUUACGCUCAUUGCUGGAAUGUCUUAAAGAACCUAGUCUGCGCGCAAGUUUCCCAGUCUUAUCACUAUGCGAUUUUGCUGUGCAAAUUGCUGACGGGAUGCAAUAUCUGGAAGCGAAAAGGUUAAUACAUCGUGAUCUUGCUGCCAGAAAUAUCCUUGUGUUUUCCAAGAACAAAGUCAAGAUAUCGGAUUUCGGGUUAUCACGCGCGUUAGGAGUGGGUAAAGAUUAUUACCAGACGAAUUUCAAUGUCAAUUUGAAGCUGCCUAUUGCAUGGUGUGCGCCUGAAAGCAUAUCCUACUUAAAGUUUACAUCAGCGAGCGACGUUUGGGCAUAUGGAGUAACCUUAUAUGAAAUGUUUAGUUACGGAUUUCAGCCCUGGGCAGCGCUGACUGGCCAUCAAAUUCUCGAAGCAAUAGACGAGCCUAAUUUUCAACGAUUGGAACAACCUGAGUGCUGUCCAAAGGAUUAUUUUUCUUUGAUGCAACAAUGUUGGGAACAUGAAGCCUCAAAGAGACCUAAAUUCUCUGAAUUGAUUAAUUUAUUGCCUGAUCUGAAACCUGAGCAAGUUCAGGCAGUUCAGGAUAACACUGAGCCGAAUCAACUCGUUUAUAGACAGAGUGAUAUAAUUACAGUUCUAGAUAAAGGUAGCAGUAAUACUUUAUGGAAGGGCGUUCUAAAUAGCGGCAAAACCGGAUUAUUUAAUCCGGCUCACACAAUCGCAUAUCUCGGUUCCAAUCUGCCUAGUAAUAAACCUGGCGAAUUUACACGAGGAGAUGGUAAAAAUGCUUUUUCCUCGCAACGUAGAAAAAUUCGAACAGACAUGAUAUCUUCACCGCAAGGAGAUCUUAAACAUACCGGUCAUGUGGGUUUAGAUGGAGCAUAUUUUGGUGAUAUCAGCUUUCUUGGUGGAAAGUAUCUGCAUUUGCCUCGUCAAGUUGUGACGCCGUACAAACCGCAGGAGGAUGCAACUGAUAAUUCUAGUCAAAUUUCAAAUCAGGAUGUAAGAAGCAUAGAUAUGAAUAGAGAAUCGACAAGGGAAAGUAGAAGCAUACAACAAGAAACUCAAAGCAAACAUGAGAGCUUAUGGUCUGAUAUGAAUUCGGAGAUAUGCCAUGUAACUACAGGCAACAAUGCAAACAAGCAAGCUAUGACAUCCAAUAUAGGCAGUAAUACUGAUACUCUUGGAGCUGAUCAUGAAUAUCACGAAAUCAGUGAUGAAGAAAAUCAAGAUAGUCCAUUAAGAUUUGAUAAGACAUUAAAUUUUGAUUUUGGUCCAAGUCUUUUGGCAGAAAUGGACCAAAUGUUUAGAUCAUUAGGCUCUUCUCCACCUCCUCCGCCACCUGGUCAUCCUUUAUCCACUGAACAUGAAUCAAGCAACGCAAGAAAUGAACUGAGGGAAAUCCAAGCAAAACAAUGUAACAAGAAGAAACAAGCCACCGUGAGUCCAAUAAAUGUGAAGCCUAUCUCAGCCGCUGAUCAGAAAACUCUGUACUCAGCUAUUGCUAUGGCACAGGAAUUGACAGCACGUUCCAUGACAGAUCUUGAACAUCAACCGGAAUCUCCCCGUACACCUGCCAGUCCUUCAAGGCGUAGGAAAUUCUCUUUUAAGUUGCCACAUCAACACAGUCCUAAACCAGACAGACGACACUUUUCCGAAGAAGCUGCCAGUAUACCUGAUAUACAGUGGUUAUGCUCAAGUCUGCAAUCUCUCUCAUCUACGGUAUCUAGUAUAGAAUCCCUUGGUGCUCCAUCAACCUUAAAACUUCCUUUGUGGGAUAAGGCAUCGGCAGAAUUCUGUUUUGCGAAAUCGCGAGAGCUAUUGACAAAGCCAAGUGCCUGGGCUUCGUACAUGGAUAUUGACUUGAAUACGCAUAUAUUAGAUAAUGCGGCAACGAAGCAGAAUUUAGUCAAAUCAACUGAAUUCUUAGAAAAUGGAAAUAGAAGAGAUCACUUGAAUUGCGAGAGCAUCUCUGAUGUGGACACCAAAUUAAACGUUCAGCAUCAGAAUGGUAAGAAAUUUAAUAUAGAAAAUUCAAACUACGAUUUCCCACGCGAGAUGAAGAGAGUUUCUACCAGUUACAUUGAACGUUAUUUUGAACAACCAAAAUAUUGCGAUGAUGAAACUAUUUUGGGAUCCACCAGCGAUAAGAUAUAUUGUGGAGAAGAAAAAUUGGACAAGUUUGAUAAAAUUAAUAAUCUGGAGCAGCCUAACAAAUCGACUUAUUAUUCGAACAUUCAAGAACAGAGCUCAUCGGUUGGCGUUAAAUCUACUCAAACAUUACAAAAUAAAGUAAGCAAUUGUGAACUAAAGGACUGUAAUAUUAUGCAUUUCGAAGCGCAGUCUGAUGAGAAUUUUGAUAUUUUGAAAGAUAAAACAGUAAACUUUGAAUCCUCUCGUAAUAAAUCCGAUAAGUUUGAUGUGGCGAAGGACAAGACGACGAAUUUGGAUCUUGGCACGCGACCAAAAUUUCCUAUUGCCUCCACUGAAUCUACAAAAGUGAACCUAACAAAUUUUACCAAGAAAAUUGAUCUGUCGAAAUCUAGAAAUGCGAAAAUGUCUUUUGUGCCUAGGAAAUCCAGUCAAGACAUGAACACUGUUUAUGGCUCAUCGGAUAGUAUUAAGACUAACAUGAAGACGAGUGGAACGAAUAGUCCAAGGAGUAAUCUAGAAACGGUAAAAAUAAAUAUACAAAGCUUUCGCAAGAUCGAACAAAACCAGAACGGUCACGAGGGUUUUCCGUUUGUAAUAUCUAACAAUCCUAUAUUUAUCGCCGAAGCAGAGAAGAAAGAAUCUCCCAUAUAUAGCAGCUCCGAGAGUUUGCGAGUAAAUUUUCAGCGUCUCAGGCGGAAAUCUGAUGCUGAAGCUAGUCAAGUAGAACUUAAUAGCAAGCUUUUAGCUGAAAAAUAUCAACGUGAAAUUUCCGGCUUGGAAAGUGUAAAAAAUUAUUUGGAUUCCAAGAAAGCUCAAGGUUUAAACUUGGGCUUGGGCAAGUUGACACAGAACAUGAUACAAUUGGGUAAGAAUAUCGCGCAGAACUCGAGAAACUUAGAAACAGCUUUGCCAAAGUCAUUAGUCUCCAACAUAAGGAAUCUUGAUUUAUCUGCGUCAUCUCAAACACCUUUACGAAGCUUAAACAUACCGAUUAAAAAACCCAAGCAUUUGGACUUGAACAUUCCAUUGCAAAAUCAAUCACCAAUUAAUGCAAAGCUAAACUUGAUUCAGAAAUCAAACCCAACCUCAACGAGUCCAACUUUACAUCAACACAUUUUGGAGCCACCAAAAUUAUAUCAGAACGAUCCCGCUAGAAAGGAGCUACCAAAAUUGGAUAUGCUGGCGGAAAAGUUUUCUGGUGCUGCCAUUUAUCGACAUAGGACAUCAUCCUUGUCGGAAAGUAGGAAACCUCCAAUAAAAAAUAUACGCAGAUCUUUUCAUACUAGAAACGAUUCCAGCGAGGAUUCGGACUCGAUUUCGCACUCAGAGACGGACAUUAGGAGCCGUCUGCGUUAUAAACGUAGGCACAAGAAAGUUCCGCACAAUCUACGCUUAAAUUUCAAAAAUAAGACAUCAUUUUUGCAUCCUAAUUCCGCUAAAAGAUUGUCUGCGGUUGAGCUUUGUGGAAAAUCACCGCCGCCGUCGACGAGCUUCUUGAACUCAUUAUCGCCGCCAUUCUCUUCCAGAAACAAUUUGUUAUCUUGGCCAGAAAGUGCACCGAGCUCUAGCUUGACAUUUACUAGUAAUUCCGAUUUCGAUUCAGACACAAGUUCCGAGUAUCCUGAAUUCACGAACGACGUGUUGACAUUUCCUCCCUCCCCUGCUCCUUAAAGUUCUAAAGACAAGGGAAAUUGGAUAAAUGGGCUGAUUUUGGAUCUCGGAGCGAGAAAUAAAAACUAUGUUUUUUUGUAUUUUUUGUGCAGCUGAACCGAUCCUAUAAAAUUUGUUUUUUUUUACUACAGUCUUACAUUUUCAUUAACAUAUCAUUUUCAUAAUAGCUUCUUAUAUGAUUAACAGAUUUGUAUACUGUUUUUCAUAUUUUCCCAACAAAUUAAAAAUUUUGAAAGAUUAGCUUUUUAUUAGAUUUAGAACCAGAUUUAGCAGCUGAAAAACUAUAAUAAAAAAAUCUACCGUUUUUAUUUACCACUCUUUGGGGCUAAAAUCUACAUUUUACCUCCUUUAUUCUUCUUUAGUUUCAACGUUGAUUAAUCUAACUUUCAAUCAAUGUAGCUUUUCUAUAUAUUUAACACUUUCGCAAAAUGAUUAGUAAGAUCACAUGUUACAUUACAAAUAUGUUUAUAGAUUUAAUAUACUUACAAUUAGGCCAAUGAUUAAAUAAUUAGAUUAAUUUUACUUAAAAAAAAUUAAAAUUUGCAAUGAUUAUGAUAAAAAUAAUUUUAUUUUAUUUAAAUUAUGUUAUUCCUCUUUAGCAUCGGUGUAAAGAAUGAUACUGUCGUAUUUUAAACGGGAAUUAUUUACAUUUUGUAGUUAAUUUUUGUCAUUCUAAAGUUAUCGAAUAUUUCUUCUAUUUUAAAGGUUUCUUCCAUAUUCGCUGUUAUUUUAAUGACAUAUGCGCAGAAUGAAAAUAUUACUGCACACUUUAUCUUUUCACUUCACUUUCGGACUCUAAGUAAACAUUGGUUUCAUAGUCAAUGUGACUAUAAAUAUGGACAGUACAAAAAUAGUACAAGAGGAAAAUUUUAAUUUAAAGAAAAAUAAAUAAAUUAUGAUAUGAGGAAAAUUUUUACAAUGGAGGAAAUUGACUAUUUCGAUAUAAUUUAUAGAGAAGUUAUUGUAAUUUAAGUCUCUAAUAUCUUUUGAAAGCAAUUUCAGUUUUGAGUAUAAACGAAAGAAAUUAAAUAACAGAUACGAUUAAAAAUGUUAUUAGAAGAAAAGCUCUCAAGAUUUAUUAGAGAUCUAUAACCAAUUAUGGUAAACUUCUCCAAACAAUAUUAAAAUAAAUCUUUAUAAAUUAUUAGUUUUCUCUUUAUUGAUGCUACUCAUACUGAUGCUAAAUAGAUGCUAAAUAGAAUAGUUUUAAUAAAUAAAAUAAUUUUUAUCACAUAUGUACGUGUGCAAAACAUAAUCAUUGUUUUUUUUUAAAUAAAGUCAAUCUUAUGUGUUGUAUAAUAUAAUCGCCACGUGGAAUAUAUACAACAUUAAAUUUCUGAAUAAUAUUGAAGGUAAUUAAGAAGAGAUUAUUAAUAAUUCUAGCCUUACUGUUUAUUUUUUAAAUACAAUUUUAUUCUAGUAAAAGAAAAGAAAUAAUGGUA